CACUGUCGGCUGAAGUAGGAAACGCAUUCACGAACUCGAGCUUGGAAGGCUCGUGUGUAGAAGAAAAGCAUUUUCUGCUGCGCAACACAUCCAGAAGUCUUAUUUCAGUCGCGAUUUUUUCGAAGAAUUAUCACUACAAUGUCGAUGACAGUGAAAGCUUAUCUUGUUGGCAAGGAUGACUGCAACAAGGAGAUCCGUCGCUUUGCCGUAGACCAGGAUGUCUCCACAAGUUUUGAAUAUCUGAAACGAAAAGUGCUCGAUGUUUUUGUCGGUCUCAGUACUGCGCCCUUUCAAAUGUACUAUAAAGAUGAAGAUGGUGAUAUGAUCGCUUUCUCCUCUGAUGAUGAACUGGUGAUGGGUUUGACUCUGGUAAAGGAUGACACCUUUCGUCUAUUCAUGAAACAAAGAAAGGAACAUAAACGGGACCUGACCCCUCAUGGGGUCCCUGGGUUUCCAUUCGCCUCCCACUUUUGUCCUCCGGGACCUCCCCAUAUGGGCCCUCCUCAUAUGGGGCCUCCAGGAUAUCCCCAUGCAGGGCCUCCUCAUCACUCACCAAUGCUGCACCAAGGUGUGACCUGUGAUGGGUGCGAGGGGGCGGUGGCUGGAACACGUUUCAAGUGCACCGUCUGCCCCGAUUACGAUUUGUGUUCUACCUGUCAGGGCAAAGGCCUCCACAAGGAGCACCCUCUCAUUCCCAUCUUUCACCCUAUUGCCAACAUGUUUGAGUGGUCCCCUCGUGGGAAGUUUUGCCGCAAAACGAGACAGUGCAUGUGGUCCAAUGUGCAGGCCCAAGCCCAAAACCAGGCACAGCCGGGUCCCUCUGGAGCCCAGGAUACCUCUCCAAACAGUGGGGACACUGGUACAACUGCCUCCUCCCAGGCUAAUGUGGAAUACCUAAAGAACAUUGGAGAAGGUGUGGCUGCCAUGUUAAGCCCUCUUGGCAUAGAUGUAGACAUUGAUGUUGAGCACAAAGGCAAGCGGACCAAAGUUACUCCAACUACUUCCAGUGGACCACCUAGUGGCCAGAGUGACAGUGGAUCUAUUGGGCUUCUCUCCAGAGGGUCAGGCCCAGAAAGUCAGGCCACCAGUGAUGAAACAAAGGGGCAGAAAGAUCAAUGCAGCGACGAGGAAUGGACUCAUCUCGGCUCCAAAGAAGUCGACCCGUCCACAGGAGAACUACAGUCCCUCAAGAUUGAGCAGGAUGGGACAGAAGCCCCUCUAAGUAUCACCUCCAGAACAGGUGCCACACAGGGUCCAACUGGUCUGCGUGAAGCAGCUCUCUACCCACAUCUUCCUCAAGAUGCAGACCCUAAACUGGUGGAAUCGCUUUCUCAGAUGCUCUCCAUGGGCUUCACUGAUGAGGGUGGCUGGCUAAACAGACUGCUCCAUGCCAAGAAUUAUGACAUUGGAGCUGCUCUGGACACCAUCCAGUACUCCAAACAACAUAAGUAAAUGGGAAGCACAGGAAAACAGAAGAUCUGUGCUGUAUUUACUCAAUGACAUUUGAAGUUCUUAGUCUGUACUAUAGCCUCUUCCACCAACUAGAUCUUUCUGUACUUUUUCAAUGACAAAUUCUUUUUGUAACAAAAAUAAAUUACUCCGUGACUAGCGUAUAAUUUUGUUAAUGGCUUUCUGCAAAAGAUGUAUUCAAUAAUGUACAAGCAUACAGGUUGUUUACAUCAUGUAUGCAGAUUACUUUCAGGUUUAUUAUUUGACAUUUAAGUAGAUAUUUACAUUUAAAAACAUAUUUACUUAAUCCAUAACCAUAAUUUUUAGACAAAUUAAAAU